AUGGCCGCCGCCUCCUGGCUGGUUGGUACCGUGAGCACCACCAUGCACGUGGCCGCCACCUUCUCCAUCAGCUUGGGCCCCAGUGGGAACCUCCAGGAAAUUGGAGUCAUGGCCUUCUCCGCCAUUCUGAGGGUCUCAUCUCUCGUCUCCAUCGUCGUCUCGUAUGUGCGCAUCUUCCGGACCGUGCUGACGAUGCCAUCCGCUGAGGGCCGAGCCAUAGCUUUCUCCACCUGCCAGCCCCACCACGACAUGGUGAUUUUAUUCAUCUCAACAGGAAGUGUCGCCCACUUCAAGCCGUCCUCAGACUCCUCCUCCACGCUGGACCUGCUGUCAUCCGUGUUCUACAAUGUGUUAGAGAAGAUCCUCUUCGUGGUUGUCUUGAUCUUCUACGUCCUAACCCUGGUGGGCAACACCGCCAUCAUUUUGGUGACACGACUGGAUCUCCGUCUCCAUACUGCCAUGUACUUCUUCCUGUUUCACCUUUCCCUCGUGGACCUCUGCUUCACCACCAGCAUAGUCCCCCAGCUUCUGUGGAACCUCCGGGGCCCCUUCAAGGCCAUCACCGUGGUCGGUUGUGUGGUCCAGCUCUAUGUCUCCCUGGCCCUGGGGUCGACGGAGCGCGUUCUUCUGGCCGUCAUGGCCUUGGACCGUCAUGCUGCCUUCUGCCUACCCCUUUACUACACCACCGUCAUGCACCCACGACUCUUCCGGGCCCUGGUGGGCUUAGUCUGGCUGAGCGAGGUGAGGGACACCGUGAUUCAGGACACUGUCAUCUUCUGCCUGCCCGGCUGUGGACACCCGCAACUUACCCUCUUCCUCUGCGAGAUGCCUGCUAUGCUCAAGCUGGCAUGUGCAGACGUCUGGGUCAAUGAGAUCCAGCUUUUUGUGGGCACUUUGGUGAUGAUUCUCCUGCCCUUGAGCCUGAUCACAGUCUCCUGUGGGUCCAUCGCCCGAGCCAUGCUGAGGAUCAAGUCGCCCCGGGUCUGGAGGAAGGCCCUGGACUCCUGUGGAUCCCACCUUCUGGUGGUUACUCUCUUCAACGUGUCCAUCACGGUGGUCUGCAUCUGGCCCAACAACUCCUUCUCUGGGACUUUGGACAAGUUUCUGACCCUCUUCUAA